UAACUACUGGAAAAUAUGUUCCAAAGUAUCAUAUGUUCACAUACAAAAAAUUAGGCAAAAUGGCCACGAAUUUUAUCGCAAGCAAACAAACUAAAGCUUCGAAGUGUAUACUGAGCCUGUGACUUGACAGUCCACCUGCAGUACUCUGAUCGCUGUUAAAUCAUUUCUUCAAAUAAAUUAGACUGAAAAGAACCAUUAACCAGUUAACACUGACGUCGUUGUGAAAUCUGGGUUCACUUAAAUUUACCGGAAGAGAAGAAAAGGGAAAUAAUCGUGUUUAAUUCGAUGGAAAUGUCGAUGAAGAAGAUCAGGGUUUUCCUGUGUGCGACUGUAGGCUAUGCUUGUAUUGUUUUGGUAAUAUACCUAUGGAUUUCUGAGGGCAGUCGGUUGACGGUUCGAGUGCAAACAGAAGAUGAAUUUCUCUUACUCAGUAAGAAAGAAAAAUUCCAUCCAACGUCAUUAGCAUACAACAGGCAGCAGUAUCGUCAUCUACCAUUCAAACUCUCGACGGCAAAAGAAACAGCCAACAUACUGCGAAUUUCCGAGACAAAACGAGAAACCAGACAUCGAACGUUUUUGAAAACUCGAACCAGAUGCACAGAGAAAUACUUGCUUUUAAUCUUGGUUCCUUCCAGUCCACUGAAUUUCAAAAAGAGGCGAGUUAUUCGUCAAACCUGGGGCACUGACUAUUCCAUGAAGAAAUCUUGGAGGACAAUGUUUCUUUUGGGACAACCACGGCAUCCAACGGAGAUGAAAUACUUGUCUGCGGAAACAGCAAUUUAUGGUGAUAUCAUUCAAGGAUCCCAAACGGAUUCUUAUCACAAUUUGACUCUAAAAACUGAAAUGGGCCUUGAGUGGGCAGUGAAAUAUUGUGAUUUCGAUUUCCUUUUAAAGGCCGAUGACGACGUAUUCGUCAAUACUUUUAAAUUGUUAGAUUACUUAAGAAAUCCUGAUACUCCCAAAAUUAAGCUGUAUCUUGGCAAUGUCGCGCGACGAUCGAAAACGCAACGGGAUGGAAAGUGGGCAUUAUCUUACGAGGAAUACCGAAGCGAAACUCUGCCGAGAUUUUGCCUCGGACCUGCCUAUGUGCUAUCUAAAGACCUUGUUCAUCAAUUUGUGGACAUAUUUGACCCAAAGAAGCCUUUGAAACUUGAAGAUGUUUACAUGGGAAUGUUGGCGGAAAGAGUUGGUGUCAACCCUCGGAGACAUCGUGGAUUUAGGACUAACAAAUACGGACAGUGCUCACAAAAUGUUAAAUUAAUUGUGAUCCAUGAGGCACCGUCAGAUUGUAUCAUUAAACUCUUUAACAAAGCUUUAGAAGAAAGAUUUCAACAAGAGAUGAAACAGUCUUAACAACAUUUUGUUGAGGUAUCCACAACGACAACGCGGUUACAU